UAUUUUAAAUUGCUAUAAUAUUAUAAAUAUUCAAGCAAAAUGUGGCGCUUCCUUUUCUAUGACGGGCGUCGAACGGUACCUUUUAUUGCGCUGGCAUAUAUACGUGACUGUGCGUCGUGCGAGACGCGGGAUGUCGGAACCGACAGUUGUCAGUGUUGUGCCACACGCGCACGUUGCCGCGUUUGGUGAGUUUGGUCUUGGUGUUUGGGCACGUUCCGUCAGAGCGUCGCAAGUUGUGAGGAAACAUUGCUGAAAAUAAGCCUACGAUCUCUGCGUCAAGACGGACUCGAAGGACUUCGUUCGUUGUUGAUAUUACAUGCAAAAUAUGGUGUACCUACAUUUUCCGUCGAAUCUAACCGAGGAAGAGUUGAUGCUCCAGACCAAGUUCAACAAGCUCAAGAGAAAGAAAAAAGCGCUGCAAGAUCUAAAGGCUCCUAAACAAGAAGCAGAACGCAUUCCACAGGCGCCAAAGCGGCCUACGGAAGCGAGAGAUGCCCGCGAAGUGGCCAAAAAAUUAAUCAAGUCUGGCGUAAUCACAGCUCCAAAGACUCCAAAGCGACCGGAGCAAACGUUCAAGAGAUCUCGCGGGCUAGAAAGGAAGUUGAACAGUACAGAAAAGACGAUUAGUUCUUACCAACCGUUCUCAGCGACGCAGGAGGAGGAAGAAACGGAGGCAGCGAGGCCAAAAGUGAAGGAUUUAUAUAAUAGCUUUGUCGGCGCUCAGGACACUGGGGAGAGAAAUACCAACGAUACUCAAUCUCCCUCGGCCAAGCAGGAAGUUAAGCCACGUGCGGGAAAUACAAUAUUUGUAAGUGGCUAUAAGAUAACGGAGGAUUAUCUAAAGAAGCACUUCCAAAGCUUCGGAAAUAUCGUCAAUAUUUCUAUGGAAGUAGAGAAGAACCACGGCUUUAUAACCUUCGAGAAAGCUGAUGCAGCUGAAAGGGCCAUAAGCGAAAUGGAUGGCAGUAUGGUUUCCUCCAUCCAGUUGAAAGUAUCGUUAGCAAGGAGGCAGCCGAUAAUAGAGCAAGUUAGCGAUACUAUGUCUAGCUCUAUGUGGUCGCCAAUAGCAGCUAACUAUUCGCAAAAAAGUGCACAUAAAGACAGGCGGGAACUUAAAGUAUAUGAAGAGGAUCUCUUCCAGUAAAUGCAGGUAUUUUCGUUGACCACAAUUUCCGAAAUGUACGAUAUUGUAAUAUAAUAUCCAUAUAUAUCAUGACAUUUUGGGGUCGAGUCGUUAUGUGGUGUGAUGAUGAUUGUAGGAGAGGAGUAUGAGAUUCCCAAAAUACCAUGUGCUACUUUCUGUGAGUCGCGAUAGACUCACACAAGUAUGUGCCCGGUGGUGAUCUUAGUGGUGGCGUCGAUCAUCCGAUCGUCCGACGAGAUCAUCGGUGAGGGCAAUAAGGCUUGUCGCCGAAUUUGUUUAUAUAUUUUAGUCGAUGCGGCCAGGCACUCGCGAGUAAGCGUUUUUGCCCGGCUAAUUAGUGUGGUGCCGGGUUGUCAUCUUGGUAGGGGCACCAUAUUAUGAUACUUUGUUAUAUCGACUCAAUUGAAAACGUCUGUGUGUUAAUUUAUUUUCAAUAUUGUGUUCUUUCAUCUCAUUAUGACGUAUUAUAUUUGUCAACAGAUUUGAAUAUCAAACAUUUGUAUAUUCUCUAUCUAAUAACUGAUUUAUUAUUAUAAUUAUAACAAAAUUCAUAAUGGUAUAGAAAUAUUUAUCUAUGUAUAAGAAAAAAUAUUAUACAGUCGAACCUUGUUAAUUAGUUGAAUCUUAGUCUUUAAUUUAUUCUUUUUUUAUGUCCUCCCAUUGGUUGAGUUUGAUUAGUGGGAUUAUGGAGAAUAUUUUUGCUUAUGAUACUUUAUCAAAUGGUAAUUAAUGAUAUCAUAUCGGACUAGAUAUGACAUCACUGACUCUAUUAGACUGUCUUUUUUCUUUCAAUUGGAUGGAAUAUAUCAUACCAUCCAUUUCACUUAUCGCUUUCAGCCCCGCUUCAGCUUUUUCAAAAAUUAUAGAGCCACUGUUGUAAGAAAAAAAGAACAGAAUUAAUUAUUGAUUGUAUCGAAAAUAUCUACUAAAACUUUGAGUGGAUAUUAUGUUCUACGCAAAAAAAAAUCAAUUGUAUUUACUUUUAGGAGAAAUUAAAAAUAUAAAUUGUUCCCCGGCAACAAAUCAGGAAAGCAAAGGUUCGAUUAAAUAAUAUUUUUUCUUAAAUAUACAUGUAAGUUAAAUAAGUUAACUGAUGUAUGUAUGUAUAUAUAUGUA